CGCCCCGGCCCCGACGAGUUCCGGCCCCGCAUCGUGCCGUACGCGCGCCCCGCCGGGCCGCCGCACAAGAAGGUGCUCAGGACCCGCUACAUCCAGACGGAGCUGGGCUUCCGCGAGCGCCUGCUGGCGGCCGGGCUGACGUCGCGGGCCACGCUGCCCACCCUGGCCGUGGCGGGGAACAAGACGGUGGCGCCGCACUUCCCGCGCCUGCUGUACUUCACAGGGCUGCGCGGCGCCAAGGUGCCGCCGGGCAUGGUGCUGGUGGCGCACGGCGACGAGCGCCCUGUGUGGCUCAUGUACGAGACAGUGCGCUACCUGCACCAGCACUUCGGGGCCGACUACGACUGGUUCUUCAUCAUGCAGGACAACACCUACGCGCAGGCUGAGCAGGUCAAGGCGCUGGUGACGCACCUCAGCAUCGACCAGGACGUGUACCUGGGCCGGGCCGAGGAGUUCAUUGGCGGGGACGAGCGGGCCCGCUACUGCCACGGGGGCUUUGGCUACCUGCUGUCCCGCAGCCUCCUGCUGAAGCUGAGUCGGCACUUGGAUGGCUGCCGCAACGAGAUCCUCAGCGUGCGGCCCGACGAGUGGCUGGGGCGCUGCAUCAUCGACUUCCUGGGCAUCAGCUGCAUCUCCCAGCUCCAGGGCCAGCACUACCGCUCCUAUGAGCUGGCCAAGAACGCCGACCCCGAGAAGGAGCAGGGGGCCAGCUUCCAGGCCGCGCUCGCUGUGCACCCUGUCUCCGACGUGACCCUCAUGUACCGGCUGCACAAGCACUUCAGCAGGAUCCAACUAGACAGAGCCUACCAGGAGAUCGAGCAGCUUCAGAUGCAGAUCAGGAACCUGACAUCACUGACCCCCGUGGGCGAGGCUGGGCUUACGUGGCCAGUCGGCAUCCCUGCACCCUUCGUGCCCAAGUCGCGCUUCGAGGUGAUCAGCUGGGACUACUUCACGGAGCAGCAUCUCUUCUCCUGCCCUGACGGCACCCCCAAGUGCGAGCUCUCGGGGGCCAGCAAGGCCGACGUCAACGACAUCAUCGAGUCGGCACUCGAGCAGCUCAACAGCCGCUACCAGCCGCUGCUCCGGUUCUACAAGCGGCAGUUGCUGAACGGCUACCGGCGCUUUGACCCCACGCGGGGCAUGGAGUACACUCUGGACCUCCUGCUGGAGGCGGUGACCCAGAAGGGCCACAGCCACGUCCUGGCCAAGCGGGUUAGCCUUGUGCGGCCCCUCAGCAAGAUGGAAAUCAUUCCCAUGCCCUAUGUGACGGAGGCCACACGGGUGCAACUGGUGCUUCCCCUGACUGUGCAGGACCUGGACUUUGUGGGGAACUUCCUGGACACAUUUGCCAUGAACACACUGGACACCCACGACAAUGCCCUGCUGACCCUGCUCUUCAUCUACCACCCCUACGAUGCCCAGCGGGUCAGCCAGCUGGACGUCUUUGCCGGGGUCAAGGCCAUGGUGGGAGAGCUGGAGAAACGCUACACUGAGGUGAAGAUCCCUUGGAUCAGCGUCAAAACAGAGGUGCCGUCGCAGGUGAAACUGAUGGACAUCAUGUCCAAGAAGCAUCCUGUGGACACCCUUUUCUUCCUGACCAGUGUGUGGACAGAGGUCAGCAUGGAGUUCCUAAACCGCUGCCGCAUGAACACUAUCAGCAACUGGCAGGUCUUCUUCCCAGUGCACUUCCAGGAGUUCAACCCUGCGCUGGUGUACCGGGGUGAUCAGGCCUCGUCAUCCAGUGCUGAUGUCCUGCGGGACGGGCGCUUCGACCGGCAUGCCUUUGCAGAGGCCUGUUUCUACAACUCCGACUACAUGGCUGCACGCACCAAGCUGGCAGCUGACAUCCUGGACCGGGACGAGGUGCUGGAGGGCAUGGAGGUCUUCGACGUCUUCCUGCGCUACUCAGGGCUCCAUCUCUUCCGGGCAGUGGAACCAGGGCUGGUGCAGAAGUAUGCGCUGCGCAGCUGCAACCCCCGGCUGAGCGAGGAGCUGUACCACCGGUGUGUGCUCAGCAACCUGGAGGGGCUCGCCUCCCGCUCCCACCUGGCCAUGGCUCUCUUUGAGCAGGAGCAGGCCAACAGCACCUGAGCUACCCGCAGCCACCAAGGGUUCCCAGCACCUUAAUACUAGGCACCUUUCAUUCUCUGCCUCAGCCCCAGCCUGCACUGGGGCAGAAGGCACAUCAAGUGGAGGGGAGAGGAAAGACCUCCCUCUUCCCAGCUCAGCCCCAGGGCUGAGGGGAGGGCAGUGGAAAGGUCUAUGGGGCUUUUUUAAAAUAAAUAAUUAAAGUUUAUUCCCAUGCAAGUGAA